AAAUCAAUUAAUAAUUUGCUCUCCUACGAGAUGAGCAAAGCACACCUCCGACUCUGAGAGCCUCUCUUUCUUGCGUUGCGACUCUCGAGUCUCAUCCCCUUUUAUGUAAGCAUCUCUCUGACGUCAAUUUCUGAUCUUUACUGUCAGAGGAGGUCGCUAAUCGGCUAUGGCGACUCAAUCCGGCGCUCCUCCCAAUCCAACGGACGGGAAUACGCAGAACCCUGAACUUGCACAACAAACGAAUCAGGAUCAGCAAGAGUCCAGGGCAGAGGCUCCCAAACCAAGUAUUACACCAUCGGUGUUUGUGAACUCCGAGCCAAUGCGAGAGGAACAAGUGCAAAAUGCAGUGAAAUUUCUUUCUCACCCAAAAGUUAGGGGCUCGCCAGUCAUCUACAGAAGAUCGUUUCUUGAGAAGAAGGGCCUCACAAAGGAGGAGAUAGAUGAAGCCUUUAGACGUGUGCCUGACCCACAGCCAAGUGCACAGGCAGGCAAUGUUAAUCAAGAUGGGCAGGUGAGGUCAUCAUCAAACAAUCAGCCACAGGCCCCAGUACAAGCUCUACAGCCUGUAGUAGCUGCUCCUACUGGUGCCAUGGGUGCUUUAAUGCGGUACCAAUUUCACUGGUCUCAUGCUGUUUUGGCUGUCGGAUUACUGGCUGUUUCAGGUGCUGGAACAGCUGUACUAGUUAAGAAAGCCAUUGUUCCUAGGUUGAAGUCUUGGAUACGCAAGAUUGUGUCGGAGGAAGAAAAUGACCUUGCAGAAAAACGGGAUUCAAAACCUAGUUUGGCAGAAGAAGCAACCGCUGCUGCAAAAGCAGCUGCAGCUGCAGCUGCUGAUGUUGCAAAAGCAAGCCAAGAAAUGUUGCAAUCAAGAAAUGAAGAGAGGAGAUAUUUUGAAGAAUUUACGAACGUCUUAGAUGUGCAAGUGCAGGAAAUGAAGUCCAUGACUAAUGCCAUAAGGAAACUGGAAGGACAAACAAGUGCCCAAGGGAGAUCCUCCUUUGUUGAUCAAGAAGAUCAUAAAGUCACUAUAUCAAGUUCACAGCAACGACACGUAAAUGGCAAGGCAGACAAUGACUUGCACACAGUGAGAUCUUCCUCACCUCCCAAAACUGCAGAACCAUCAAUUGCUCCUCACCCUAAGUCAUAUAUGGAUAUUUUGGCCAUGAUCCAAAGAGGGGAGAGGCCUACUAAUAUCAAAGAAAUAAAUGAUCUACCCCCAAACCCCAAUCAGCAACCAUCAAAUCCUCGUUUAGCACCCAGAGCUAAGCCGUGGGAAUAUAGUCAGGCCCAGAACAUGUCAGGCCAAGCACUUCAGUCACAAGUAAAUGGGGAAGGCUUGAUUUCCAACGUACAAGACAAUGGAAUAAACUCUCAGUUAAAUGGUGAUAAUUCAGUACCUUGGUGGACACGGAAAAAUGUCAAAAUCACAGAGAUUGAAAACGAAGAUGAAGUCAAGGCGGGGUCAUACACUUCACAAACCAGUGAGAAACCAGUUAAGCGUACCUGGGUCCCUCCUCAGCCACCCCCAGUUGCAAUGCCAGAAGCAGCUGAAGCCAUCCGUCGGCCAAAAUCAUCGGUUCAGAAAGAGCAGUUGGCCGAUGAUCAGUCAAUAGCACAUCCUUCAGAUGUGACUGAUGAUCUGCAGAGGAUCACAAAAAUAUCUGAAUCUGGAGGGGCUGUGGAAAUUAAUGGUGGGAGCUCAGUGUUGAACUCCACUGAGAUACAAGAGCAUGGCAAUGGGUUUGAACAGAGUGAAAUCGGGAUAGAAUCUGUUUAAUCCAUUUGAGUUAAGUAGCCCACAUAUUAGAUAGAUACCUUUCAAGUUUGUUGUAGUAUCCCAUGGAAUAUUUUGGAUCCACUUGAAACGAAUAACAUGAUCGAACUGCUAUUCUGUGUUUGUAAGUGAAUUUGCUAGGUAUCUCAAAAUAAUUUAAUAAGAGACAGUUACAAUGGAUAAA